GAAAUAUACGUGACCUUGUCACAUCGAAUUUUACAACUAGCUAAUCCUCAAACGCCUUUUUUCCGUUACAUUGGUGCUGUGAAUGUGACAAAGAAAAAGCUGCCAGCUUUCGAGGCACUUACAGCACUGUCCGAGUACGAGUCAGUGUCAUCUGUGCCAGUGCUGUCAUCGAUUGAAAAGCCUUAACAUACAACAUAUAUACGUUCCUAUUGCAGUAUCCGAGCCCAAUGCUGUGGACCGUGCACCUGGACGGAGGACCUCAGAGGGUUAACCAUGCCGCUGUGGGGGUGGGCGACUUAAUCUACAGCUUCGGUGGAUACUGCACCGGCUACGACUACCGCUUCAACGAGCAGAUCGAUGUGCACGUCCUGAACGCCCACACAAUGCGCUGGACCCUCGUCCCACAGCAGAACGACGAAGAAGGUGUCCCGCUCAAGUACCCGCUGGUGCCCUUCCAGAGAUACGGCCACACCGUGGUGGCCUAUAAGGAGCGCAUCUACAUAUGGGGCGGACGGAACGACGAGAACCUCUGCAACGUCCUAUACUGUUUCCACCCGAAGAUUGCGAAGUGGACACGACCCGUUGUCACUGGCUGCUUGCCCGGGGCCCGGGACGGCCACUCGGCCUGUGUCAUCGGCAACUCCAUGUACAUAUUCGGUGGAUUCGUUGAUGAGAUUAAUGAAUUUAGCAGCGACGUGCACACCCUAAAUCUGGACACUAUGGAGUGGACCUAUGUACAGACAUUUGGGGUGCCCCCCAGCUACCGGGACUUCCAUGCCGCUGUGGCCUACGAGGAAGAGCGUAUGUACAUUUUCGGGGGACGCGGCGAUAAGCAUAGCCCGUACCACAGUCAGGAAGAGACCUAUUGCCAUGAAAUUGUCUUUCUGGACAUGAAGACGAAGGUAUGGCACCGUCCAUUUACGGCCGGAAAGGUUCCCGUCGGCCGGCGCAGCCAUAGUAUGUUCGUCUAUAACAAACUCAUCUACGUCUUUGGCGGCUACAAUGGGCUGCUGGACCAGCACUUCAACGAUCUGUACACGUUUGAUCCACGCAGCAAACUCUGGAACCUAAUACGGGCCAAUGGUAAGGCGCCAACGGCCCGCCGGCGCCAAUGUGCCAUUGUGAUAGGCACACAAAUGUUCCUCUUUGGCGGUACUAGUCCACGGACCUCCACCAGUACAACCACAGUGCAUCAGCAACAGCAGCAGGGAGAGGCUGCGGUUCUUGCUCCACCUGCAGGUCAUGGCCAUGCUGAGGCUCAGGAUGGCGGGCCAGCGCCGGUAUUGCCUCUCAUAGAUUACAGCGACCUGCAUGUGCUGGAUUUCGAGCCAACACUGAAGACCCUGGCCACUAUGGUGGUGCUGAAGUACCAGCUGGACAUCUCCGGACUACCGCGGAGCUUUCGCGCCGACUUGCAGAUGCUCACCCAGCCGAACAGUAUUAGCCGCCCCAUCAACCAGGCCGGGUAGCAUCUAACAAGAUUCCUGGACCGAAUGCCAGAAAAUGCAUGAAGAACACAUUGAAAUUAGUCUUAGCUCACAUGAUGACUACGAUGGUGUCCGGGAAGCGGAUCCCAUAACUUCCACUAGUCCGCUUUCCAUAGCCCCACACAGGCACACGCACACACAUACAGACCGAGCUAGAAAAUAGAGAUAUUCCGGGAAACCCAAUUCCGGUAGUUCACGAGUUUCAGAAUUUUUUCUUUGGUACUUCCUUUAGAUGCUUAAAUCUAAUUUAACUCAAACAAAAUGAAGAUACUGAUAAUAACACGAGAGUUGUAGUUUGUAAAACCUUUAUAGAAAGGCCUCAAUAAAGCUCCUUUUGCUGUACUUGUUCCAA